CUGGGGGUCGCUGAUACUGUGAAGGUUUAUUUUCUAUUUUUUCGAUGAAAUGAAUGGAAAAUAAUGCCUUUAUUUGACGUUAUUGGACUUGGGAGUGAGAAACUUGCUGUUGUUAUCGACAUCGGAGCAGCCUAUACAAAGUAAGAUGGUUUUGAUAUUACAAAGGUUCCAGUUCAGUGAAGUGUUCAAGGUUUCAAAGAAUCAAACUAGAAGUUAACUGCACCGUAUGUAUUUGGGUAGAGAAUUCAUUCCUGGGAGUGGUUUCCCUCUAAAUAUUUAGUACAGUAAAGCAUUACGAAAUGGGCCAAAAUCAGUCACUAAAAUACUGCAAAAUAUUUCUCCAUUUUUGAUCUGAUUAAAUCCCCUUGAUAAAUUCCCUGUAAGCUUGUACAUAUUUUGAAUGAGCAACAAAAAAUUUAUUGAAUUGGGCUUAGUAUGAUGUACAGAAUUAUGCAGAUCUCAAUUCGACUAGGUUGUCAUCAACUGAGACUAAGAGUAACUUUGAUCUGCAUUCUUUAUGUCAUACUUAGCUUUAUUCAGUGAUUGUUAAUAAUAAAGAUAACUGCAAAAACAUGUCGUGUAUGAUUGUACAUGUUUUUUGUCCUUUUUGCCUUCCAUGGGCAGUCUAUUGGUGUUGUAAAUAAUGUGAUCACUAAAUGACACCAGUCAAGAGAUUUGAAGCACUGCGUAGUACCUACAUGUACGCCACAAAACAAUAGUUACCAACAACAGUUUCCAUAGAACCCAGACACUCCUAUUCCAUUGUUCUACGGUAUAUACAGUGGAACCAUGAUACAACAAUGGGUCAAGGGACAGACCAAAUGCAUUUGCUUUUACAAGGUUUUCUAUCAAAGUUUUUUCCCAUAUAUUUUACUUUUUCUGUAACAAAGAGUAUUCUUCAUUUUGCCCAGGACUUGCUAUAUACGGUGCAUUAUAUCAAGGUUCCACUCUACAUAGUUUGUUUUUUGUUUUGCAUCAUUUUUGUGUAUGCCUGUCAUGUUCGUACACCGCAUGUAAACUUUGUUGUCUCUCUUUUAUUCAGAUGUGGUUUUGCCUCUGAGACAAGUCCCCGUCACGUCAUCCGCAGUGUGCUCACACAUACCAUAAAUGGACAGGUGAGUUGCCAUAGAAACACAACCAGUAUGCGGCCAAAUGUCAAAUGGUUAGGAUGCGAUAAAGUUAGAUUCAUAUCCAGAAGUAGUCAAUAAUUAUUAUUACAAUAUGUCCAAUGCAUUUUAUAAUAGGUAUUUUUCCUGGGGUGAUACUUUGUGUUUUCUUGCUCUUGUGGAAUACAUUUUUUGGUAUUUGCUUAGUAUUUUAUGCUGUCCCAGUUGUGGUAUUUUCUGGUAACAGUUAUUGAAACGUGCAAAACACAGUCAAAGCCCGCUUACAGACAGCUGCUUAAUACAGACACCUCAUUAUUACAGACAGUUUGCUUUGUCCCUGGGCAAAGAAAGCCCUUAGAAUUACAUUUUCUCUAAAUUCAACCCACUUAAUACGAACACCCAUUAGUACGAAUGCUUUCUAUGACGGCCUUAGUGUCCAAAUUAAUGGGGUGUGGCUGUACCUUAGCCAAAUGCUUUUUCCUGACUCUUCUUAUGUGCUGAUAUGUGGAUUUGUACCUUGAAGUGGUCAAGUUGUCUUUCUCAGUGACUGUUGUUGCAAGGACUACUCAACCUCAUUCUCAGGAUUGUCUCCUACUCGUCCAGCAAGUAGGAGAGAACCCUGGGAGCAAGGUCUAUGACUACUAUGAUCGCUGCAAUCAUCAAGAAGUUGAUUUGAUUCCAUAUAAUCUCUAAGAUCAGCCUAAAGUUCCUUGCUCAUUGCAGUUAUGAGAAUACUCAGCCAAUAUAAAUCAGGAGUACAGACUACUUGCUAGUAUUAUCAAGAGAGCUUGGUAUGAGUAUGUCAAUGUACUGCCAUCUUCUUACAGUACACUUCACAUAUUUUUUCAUAUCUUGUAAGAGUCUGCAGCAUAGAGCUCUUUUUAUUGGUAACUCUGAAGCUAUCUUUUCAACAGAUUGAAAAGUUAGAAGUGACCAGUUAGAUAUUUUUCUGGUGUGUUCGUGUAUCAAAAUUCACCUCUUAAUAAACUGUUGAUUUUUGUUGACUUGUGUUGUAAAUUUAGACAGAGACGGUUAGUAUUGUGACCAAUGAACAAGACAGAAACCCUGAUGAACUGUAUGCAGUCUUAAGAGACUUUCUCCAUCAAAUAUAUUUUCGGUAAGUUACUAAUGUAGCCUGACAUUAAUUUUGUCCUCAGUCACUUCCCAGACUGGGCACUUCCAAACAUAGCGGAUGCAUGAUUGAAUGUUAUUGUUUUGUCCAGGAAAUCAGUCCAUAAUUGCUGCUUAAAUAAUGUAUGACAAUGAUAACAGAAAAUAAAACUAUUAGUUAAUAUUUUUUUUUAAUAAAAAAGAUAAUGAUUUUGGGGGUAGCACGUCCACAAAGUGGUUCUUCACCUACCUGAUUCCUGGUCGAAUUGGAAUUCGGAAAUGUUGGUUUUUUGAGGAGAGGGGAAAACUGGGGCACCCGGAGAAAAACCUCGCAGAGCAGAGGAGAGAACCAACAACAAACUCAACCCACAUAUGGCGUCAACGCCAGGAUUUGAACCCGGGCCACAUUGGUGGGAGGUGAGCGCUCUCACCAUUUCGCCAUCCCUUGCUCCCCAUUGAGCAUCAUCAGAGUUGUCAUCAGUCCUCCAAUUUUCAGACUUUGAUUUCUUAUAAAUAAACUGAAUUAUAAGAUACAUGUAUUAAUAAUUAUGAAAUAAAUUCAUGUACAAUGUAAGUUUAUUUACACUUUUAUUGACUAUUUAUUAAGUGAUUUUUCAUUCAUUUCCCAUCGAAUGAUUUCUGUGCUUAAUUUUUUUUCUCACUCCCUCUUUAGAUACCUUCUUGUCAACCCUCGAGACAGAAGGGUUAUUAUCUGUGAGUCUGUCCUCUGCUCAACACUCUGGAGAAAUGCUAUCGCCAAAGUUCUUUUCAAGCACUUUGAGGUGAACAUGAUUAACCUUUCAAUGAAACUUACGGAAAACAAGGCUGUGUGCAUUUAUGCUAAAAAAUUAAUGUACACAAAUUAUUUAAUUCUAUGAGUAGCUUGCAAUACUAGCAUCGUUUGAGAAAAAUUUUUAAAGAAACCUUUAUAGAAAAAAUAGAGAAAAUGUUUUGCUGAAUGAAUAAAUGAUAAUAAAUACUGUCAUUAUUGUUGUACAUGUACCUUUGAACAAAACAGUACAGAUAAAAAGUGUGCAAUAUAUAUUUGAGGACUUUAUUGGUUAAUUUUGAAGCCCCAGUUUAUAGUCUGUGCUUUUUCUGUCCAUUCACCAGGUACCUUCAGUUUUGUUUGCACCUCAUCAUCUGUUAGCUCUGUUCACCCUUGGUGUACCAUCAGGUCUUAUUAUGGACUGUGGCUUUACAGAGACUGUAGUCUUACCAAUAUCCUUUUAUGAUAGACAAAUAGAUGGUGUCAUCAAUACGGCAGCAAUAAGCCAUGCAUACUGCUAGCACAUCUUUUAACCAUAGUUUUGACCAUCAGAAGUCAGAGAGUAUAUCAGAUGUGAGGAGAGAGUUAAAUCGUACGCAGCGAGCGCAAAAAGAAACACGAGGGAAAAAAACGAGGGGAGACUUUUCCUGCCCUAUUUCUUCCCUCGUCAAUUUUUUGCCCGCGCCCAACUAAUUUUUUGCUCACUCCCCACCAUCUGAACACCUGGAACUGGCUAAGAGAAGACAAUGUUUUAGCCGUAAUUAAGUCCAUCUUUUCAGGAGUGUACAUGUAUUACAGUAGCCUGUUUCAGGCAUUCAGAUAGUUAGCACAAAGUAAAGACAGCAAGGAAAAGUAGUGGGAAGGUUGGGGUGAGUGGUGAGGAUCCCUCUCCUCCUUCCCCCUCCCUCGUUUUCAUUUUUACAUGCCCCAUUUUAAUUGAAGCUGCUCCCAACAAUCCGAAUCAGGCCUGGAACAAGCUAGUACAUAUUACAAUGAAAUGAACCAUAGAGUACCUGGUGUGAAUAUUUGUUGUUUCAAGACCAGUCACAACAAAGAACAGAAAAUAAAAUAAUUGAGGCUUACACAAAAUUGAUAAAUUUCCCAAAGAUUAUGUCAUCUACUAGCUUUCAUAAUGUUUCUUCCUAGUACAGUAAUACUCCUGAGCUUUGAGAAGUGCAUGUUUUGAUCACGGCCAGAUCUGCCUCUUAUUAACUUUACAUGUACUUAUGAUUAUUUUUUUCUUAACACUCUGCUGCUGUUGGUAUUACGUCUUUGAGGGUACUGCUAUUCUGAAAGCUGUGCAAACCAUUCCCCUUGGAUCAAAAGCUAUUCACAAGUAAGAAUAUUGAUCUAGGACACUAUGUUAGUGGUUUUUAGUGGAGGAGGGUGCCCAGGAUGUCCAGGAGACUCUGAGUUAUUCCCCCAUGGCUGGCAAACCUGCACCCUCCAGCCAUGAGCCCUCACACCAAUGGAACCAGGCACCUGCCACACUGAUUUAUCAGUGGAAGAAUAAAGUGUUGAGGGAUGGGGGUAAAAGAAUGAUCCAAAGGCUAAACAAAGAGAGUGGCCGCCAGGAAAACGCUGCACUGAGUACAAGGAGGUGAUGCAAGCAAGGCUAACCGUACUUGAGCCAAACGACUAACCACUGACCACGCCCGCACUCCUUGUUCUUAACUGUGUCAAACAAAUAUCUUAUUUAACUUCAUUUAAAUCAUUCUGUUAUUAAGUUGCUCUUUUCUAAAACACGCAAAUUCUGAAGUUCAAAAGCCAACUAACGUUUCCGUUCUUCACUGCCAAAAAUCAUCGGAGCAAACCUUUAGGAAACAGAAGUUUCCUUGAACAAGUUCAAAAGAUCAUGGUUUGUGAUUUAUGAUUUUUGGAUUUCGAUCUGUUUGGUGUGUUUCUGUCUUUCCAUAAGGUUCCUUGCUUGUGAUCACAAUUACGAUUGACAACAGCAAAACGUACUUAAUGUAAGCUGGCUUUUAAAUUUAGAGUUUACGUGUUAUUGAUAAGGCACGGUAAUAAAACCAACUAAAGUAAGACAACCGUUGAUAGCAUUGUACUGCAUGACGUGGAUAAUCAAAAAUACGAGCAAAUGAUAGAACAAAGAUUAAUGGUUCAAUGUGCUGAUUUAUCUUAUUUCUUAAUUAAUUUGUCAGGCAUCUAGAAGAGCAGCUCAUGGAAAGAAGCCUUGUUCAAAUAGAAACAGGAGUAAAACCUUUGUCAUCAGUAGUGAGUGAGUGCAAAGCUGUUGUUGAAAUUAGGUUGCUCUACAGUUGACCUUCUGAUAGAACAUUUAAUGGUGUUAAGUUGGACAUGAACACAUCAUUUAAGUUAAACACAAGAAAAUAAAAUGAAGUUAACAACUGUACUUAUAAUAGUAAUUGUGUUUAUUCAGAAGUCUGCAAGAUGCUAAAUAUGCAGAUGCCUGAUUACAUAACCAUUAUAAGAAAUUUUGAUUUGUUUGGUGCAGAUCCAUAGACAAAAUACCACACCUCUGAUUGUAACUGUUUUAAAUUUUCUGCAGACUCUCUUGGAAAUGAUACUUUAGAAGACAUAAAAGGUGAAAUUAUUUAACUUUUAUUGAAUUUAUCACAGAGGGAAGAACCUUUUAUAGAGUGGUAUUGAAAGGAUUUGACAAAAUCAUUUGAAUGGUGUGAAACAUAUGAAAAUGUUGUGUUGCACACUCCCUGUCUCCCUUAAGAAAUCGAUAAACAACAUAUCAGACCAGAACAAAAAAUAUACUGCCUCAAUCCACAUCAUUGUGUGCAGAUUUUUAUGUACAACCUAUUUGCCAUAUUGGGUGAAAGUCUAAUGAACCUUUCUUGUACAUGUAACAUUGGAUUACAAUUAAAAUAUCUUUUUACAAUAAUGAAAAAAAAGUAUUAGUAAUCCAGAAUAGUCGGUAACCUUCAUGCUGUCUCUUUUGGGCAAAUGAGCAGGCCAUUCAGGGCUUGGGGCCAUUUAAUACACACCCCGUACCCCCGUUGACCCAAAACUACUGACAUACUGGAACACUGCCAUUAUUAAUCUUAAUACUGUUUUCAGUGCGUACCUGCUUUGUGGCGCCAAAGUUUAGUGGGCCUGAAGGAGAGCCACGUCCAGCGUCUUUGGUUCCAAAAGUUGACUAUCCACUAGAUGGGGGCAGGAUACUCAGGAUUGAAGGUCAAAUCAGGUAAAAAAAAAAGGAAAAUAUUAUCUUGUUGGUUAGUUUUAGAGUGCCACUUUGUGUCAGGGCUCGAAAAACGUCUGGUCCAGUAGUCCGAGACAAGUAGUUUUUCUUGCCAGGCAAAUAACUUUUAAAGCUUACUUAACAAUGGGCAAGGGUACAGGCAAGUCAUCCUCUAAAAAAAUCAUUACUACGCUUUUCACAAUCUCGCAAACUCUAAAGUUCGGAAGCUGUCUUCACAAUUUCAUUUUUGCUGCUGUCAAUCAUAAUAAUUAUGAUCACAAGCAACGAACUUUGAAAUACAGAAACACACAAACGGAUCGAAAUCCACCAAUCACAAAUCACAAAACAUGACCUUUUGAACCUGUUAAAGUAAAGUUCUGUCUCCUAAGAGGUCUGCAAUGAUGAUUGAUGGAAAUGUUAGGUGGCUUUUUAACUUCAGAACUUUGUGUGUUUUUGAAAAGCUCUGUAACUAAGAUGAGUAAGAAGUGGCUCUGGCCAGCAAGCGAAAUGUGAGAGCUGCUCAAGUGCCCAAAAGAUAAGUUGGAACUCAAGAUUUUUUUUAACCCUGUGUUUUAUAACUGAGUCGCAGAGUUAAGGUUUAAAUCUUUUAUAAGCUAUAGUUACGCAUUUCCAGUUACAAAAACUCUGCUUUAAAUUUGGCUUUAACUCUGGGUCAGUCUUAAGGUCACGGGCUGGGGAACACCAUUUCUGUAAAGCAUUUGCACUAAGUACAAUGACUGAUAUCAACAGGUUCUUGUGCUUUAGACGGGACACCUUCAAGGGUCUCAAAAUUUGACUUUUUUCAACAAUUUUGUGUCCAAGAAUGCAGGGCAGAUACAAACCUUCACAAGCACAGGGGUAAAAUUGAACCUCUGCACACAUUAUUCCUAAAUAGGAUUGGCAGCUGACCUUUUUGCUGACUUAUUUUUUCAGAGAACAGACAUUUGACAUCCUUUUUGAUGGUGAUGAAGAAGAAAAAUCCCUCGCAACCUGUUUGUUAGAUUCCUUACUAAAGGUACAAUGUACUUUUCAAUCUUGUCAAUGCUGCUGGGAUAGCUCACCAAGAGGUUUUAGAAAAGAAAAUGACAUCUUCCUCCACAAUAAUAUACCCACAUAGAACAAUGUAAUUUAUUUAGUAAUUUUUUCUUGUGUGGGGAGAUUGCAAUUAUUUUAAUUUCUCAAAAUAAACUGUAACGAUAAUUUACUGUUUUUCCAAAUUUUUUUCUUACCUUUCAUAGUGUCCAAUUGAUACAAGAAAACCACUAGCAGAAAACAUAGUUCUUAUCGGUGGAACUGUAAUGACGCCAGGUUUCAAGUGAGUAAAAUAUAUCCCUCCCUUAAUACAUUUUUAAAAUUAAUUAAUAUUCUUAUUUAUAAUUAUGCAGGGAAAGAUGAACCCAAUUCCACUGUUUUUUCAACUUUUGGGAUGGACCAGUUGGCAAACAUCUGUCAACACUGCUGCUAAGAGCACCUUAAAACUAGUAGAGGUGCUGAGUCUGAGAGUGAUAUUUUGACAAAUAAUGAAGAUUAUACCAACUCUACCAAGUAGCUAAUCAAAUGAAGAAUGAUCCUCGCAGUUGUAAACGCAAUUUAUGCAAUUGUAUAAGAAGCCUCAUAUAUGACUUAUUUCAAAUACAGUUGUCACACCACACUCAAGGUGGCUAAAUUUUACAGACGUGUGGUGACGUGUGUGUGUGGUGGGAGCACCUCACAGUUAUGUAAAUUUUUGCGAUUUUGCAAAGGUGUAUCUUUCCACUCUUCAAAAUAUAUCACUUUUAAAAUUGGCAGUUUACUAACAUUAUUUUAAGGUGCUCUUUAUAGUAGUGUUGAUAGAUAUAUAUCCCCUAAUGAUAAAAUUGGUCCCUAUAUAUCAAAACUUGAAAAGAACUGUGAAAGGGUUUAUUGUUAGAAACAUCUUGCAUUGGGAUUUUGAUUCACCAUUCGUUUCAAGUCAGAAAUAUGCUUUUAAGUAAAAAUGAACAUUUUUGGUAUACCAACCGGGACUGCAUAAGAUGUAGUGCACCAAAAUGCAAGUGCUUAACAAUUUUCUUCUAUGGUAAACUUAUACUUUGUCAACUUACACGUAUUUUAGAAUUAUUAGAGAGUUUUAGGUCCGAGUUUACCGCGAACCUCUAACCGCGCUUUGGGGUUACCCGUUUGCGGUUCGACGUUCAAACAUAAUUCGAUUUAGAUUGGCGGUGGAUUAAAGAACUUGAUUCUGGUUUAUUUUUCCAUUUAGAAAUAGAAGAAAUAUCAAUCAGUGAAAGUAAAAGAAAUUUACGGAAACACUGGGUUAUCUAGCAGCAAAGAGCUGUAAAUUCUUACAUUAGUUCUUCUUGCAAAUUUACGACCGCCAUUUUGAAUCAGCAGCCAUGAAUGGCACUUGUUUUCAAGAUAUAAUAGGAUUUAUCAAAUUUAGCAUUUGGCCCGAAUUUGUGCCUCUGUUAAUGGAUAAAGACUUAUUCCACAAGAUUUUUGUAUCAUUACGUGAGAUAAAACAAGAAUAUUAUUAUACGCUAAAAGCUUUCAGGUAAAUGACAUACGUGAAAACGUACCUCCCCACGUUGAAAACGCACGUCGUAAACCUCAAAUGUGACACGAAAGACUUGUCACGUGACCUCCAGCGGUUAGAGGUUCGCGGUAAACUCGGAUCUAAAACUCUCUAUUAUAUGGUCACAUGAAGGUAGUAGUUUGUAGGAUCUGUUUAGCUCAGGGAAAUUUGCAGUGUUCUUCCUAACCCCCUAAAUCAGUAGUCAGAUUUAUUAACACAAUCAAUAAUGUACAGUCGAAUCCUGUUAAUACAGACACUGAAGGGGGCCAUAGAAAGUGUCCGUUUAGAGAAAAUGUAAGUGAUUUAAUUUCUUUCCCCAGGGACAGGGACAAGAAAAAAUGUCCAUUUUAAGCGGGUGUCCAUAAAGCAGGGUUUAACUGUAGCUCUAAACUGGUUCUCCUGGUUAUUUUCGCAGGCAUCGUCUCAUGCAAGAAAUCUACUGUUUACUUCAGUCCCCUCGGUACAAAGAGAAUUUGUUUAUGAAAACAAUAAAAAUGCACCAGACACCCAUCAGUGCCAACUGUACAUCAUGGCUUGGAGGUGAAUAAUUUGUUUGGUGUUGUUGAUGAAAGUACAACGGCUUUUGUCGUAUUAUUUCCAGUAACAGGGUGUUAAUUGGGUAAUGUUUUAGGGGAUGGGUUGCUUGAAACCAAACUGAAUGCCGGGUUGUCGGAUGAACGACUAGAAGAUUUAUUCCAAAUGUGAAUGUAUUUUCCACCAAGUAAAACUCUAGAACUGUACGUAAGUCGAUAAACUUACAUGGCCUCCACCAAACUGAAUAAGUACUGCUUCCGUCACACUUGACUUAACACAACCACUAUGUUAAACUCUCUUUGCUUGUGAAAACUAGUUAAAACCUCACUUGGACAUUUUUCGUAACACAGGGAUGUCACUAUGAGCAAGGGCAUGCUCCCUGGCUGCUAUUAGCAUGACCUCCAGCUACUUUCAUAGCAAACCAAAGGAAAAUAAAACCUAAUGGACAUUCCCUGUCUACAAAACCCUGUAAUUUAGAAUCUUAGUGUCAGCCUUGCAGUAAGGUCAACACUCCUCAGUCCUGGCUACCACUAUCAGUCAAUUAAUGAGUUAACUGUAAUAACCCACCCUACACUGUACCUAUGGUAUCAGUGUGAUAGAGGUAGACCACACCACUGGGGAAACAUCCCCUGCUCCUAUGAAAGAGAGUUGCACAUGUUCUUUCAAUGUACAGCAUUUCUUUUGGGGCUUUGUUGGUUUCUUUAAAAUGUAGCAAUAAAGGCUGGGGAGCGAAGGUAACCCAAGGGGAUUUUUAUAAUUUUUAAAGGCAAUGUAACAGUUUUCCUUUCCUGGGGAUACCCCAGGGAGAAAAGGUUAAUGGCUUCUUGUCCCCACCCAACGACAUAUUAAUCUGAACUGAGAAAAGGGUCUUAGUGGUAUCGUCACUUCAUUUAUAAAACUCCAGGCUCCAGUCGUUCACAAGGUGGAUAACACUAUCCACUGGAUGAAUCAUUAACUCAAUUGGUUGUUCAUACUACUUAGCAGCUGGUUGGUGAUUUAUCCGGUGGAUAGCACUAUCCAACCUUUGAACAAUAGGGGCCAGGAGGUAAAAUUAAGCACCCUUGUACCCAGCGUGUUUGUUCCCCUUGACCAGCAGUCGGGCCUUUGCAGUACAGGACAAGGAUUAGAGUUAUGAGAUUAGAAAAGUAGGCCUCUGCAAUAACAGUUAAUUUUCUUUCUGCAGGUGCAAUAUUUGGUGCUCUAGAGGUCCUAGCAGACCGAUCUGUAACUAAAGAGAGAUAUGCACAGGAGCAAAAGAUUCCAGACUGGGCUUCAUGUGAAGUUCAAGCCCUGGACAACAUCCCUAUUUUAGAUGAGCGACUUGAAAGACCUGUGCUGUCUCGUCGUCAAACUAGUGGCAUCACCAGCACUCUGAGUAGCAUAAGCAGCUCGUUAUCAAGUAGGCUUCUUAGUGGAGGCAGCCGCAGCCCUUUGGGGUCAGGUUUACUUCAGAGGUCCUCAGGGUCACCUUCCUCAGGAACUUCUCCAAGUAUUCAGGAAAAUGAAAAGGAAGGCCAGAAAGAAGAGAAAUAAUGGCCGUUGGGAUAUCAAAUUACAAAAUUCAUGAAAAGGUUGACCCUGGUUUUGAAAAACAGUUUCAAAAGAGCUUAUUCAGUGCUCAAAAAUGCUUCAUAUUCAUCAGUUUCUGAUGAUGUAAAUUAUUUAAUUGUUACUGCAAAGAGAAACAACAUGCUGAUGUUUAUAUUAGAAAGCAUUUUUACUUUGUACGUAAAGCCAGUGUCAAACCUUUUUCUGUAUAAAAUAUGUAUUAUUUUGGUUCUAUGAAUCCUGUCUGUACAUUAUACAUGUAUAUGUAAAUUUAAUGACAGUGGUUAUUAUGGAAUGUAGAUUUAGCAUAAUUGUUGUAACUAUAAAAUGCUAUGGACGAGUCAAUAAAUUUCUUUCUAGAUAGAUAUGACUUUGUUGGGACUUAAAUGAGAAAGUAAAAAAAAUCAGGUUAUUUUCGAGUUCCCAUGGAUAAAGCUUAUCAGUGCUGGUAUGCAGACUUGAUAAAUUCAUAAAAAUAGGUUU